CGGAGAGGACUCAAAAAUUCCUCAAAAAUUGUGUGUGAUGAGAAUAAUUCAAAAAAGAGAGAAAAGAGCUUUUCCCUCAUCAAAGUCUUAAAACCCCGCCAUGACAAUAGUGCCGAUUCCGUCUUCGACCUCCGCCGCCUCCGGAGACCCUCAAAACCCUUCCCAUGUAAACCCACCCUCGACAAGAGAUUCCAGACAACCAUUAUCUUCAACUCCUCCUCCUCCAACUACUACGACUCAAGCUUUUCCCUUCGUUAGCAGUAAAACCCCAAACCCUCCCCCUCAAAUGGCGUCUAAGAUCACCCAAGACCCUUCAUCGGUUACUCCUUCCCAGCCCCAGGGGAUACUCUAUCCAGUUGCCUCCUCGGGUCGUGGUUUCAUUCCCAAAUCCUUCAGGCCCCAAUCCCCCGAUCAAUUGGUCACCAUUGCGAAUCCUGGUGGCGUUGGAUUUUCGCCUCGAUCGCUAAUGGCGUUUCCCAAUCAGGUUCAGGUUCAGCUUCGCCCUUUUGGGUUCCCUCCUGCAGACCCGCAGUCUCAUCCUGUUCAUUUGAUGAGGCCUCCCCACUUGCAGCCCUCCUCGCAGAUUGGUUCACGCCAGAUGGGGGCUCCCGUUUCCGGCACAAUCAAGAGCGUCCCUGCUGUUCAUCACCCAAAGGUUGUUCCAUUCUCAUCUUCGACUCCCGAUUUUAACAGCUACAAGGAGUUGAGGGACAGAGGCAGAGAUGAUACAGUUGUGACAAUUCAUGAUCGGAAGGUCCGGCUAUCAGAUGGUGCUUCUCUAUAUGCACUUUGCCGAUCGUGGGUGCGGAAUGGAUUGCCUCAAGAAACUCCGCCUCUAUUUGGGGAUGGUGUAAAGCUACUUCCAAGACCCUUGCCUGCGACUGCGGCAGACACUUUGCCCAAAAAAGAUGAAGCUGAAGAUGACGAGGAAGAAAAAGAAGAGGAUGCUAGUGCUGUUGAACAUUUAUCUCCUCGGAAAUUGUUACAGAGACACAUAAAACGUGCUAAAAGAGUUCGUGCAAGAUUAAGAGAAGAACGGCUGCAACGGAUUGCACGAUACAAACAGAGGCUUGCUCUUCUUCUUCCUCCACCGGUUGAGCAGCUCAGAAAUGAUGCGACUCCUGGAAGCUAAUUCAUUGCCUAGAUUAUCUGACAUUGUCACUGGAUAUGCCCUUGUGCUUAUGCUUAUCCUGCCUAUAACAACUUAAAAGAGUGCUGGACCAGAGGUACUUUAGCAAGACAAGGAUGAGAGCAUAGAGGCACCCAAGUUAGCUGGCAUGCAGGAUCCAAGUGGUGGUUGGUUAAGCAUGCUGAAAUACAUUUCUCAGUUUCUUUCUGUCCAUGAGAAGUUAUUUAAACUUCUUAUGUUAGUAUAUUGAUGCAGAAGAUGUGACGUGGAAAGUGAUUGUGAGAACAAAAUGUUAGGUUGGGAGAAGCUUUGGGUUGCUAAAUUUACAUCUGUAACCUGAUUGAAGUGGGGAAUAAGAGAUGCCAUUUUCUCUGCUUCAA